CGUAAGGCGGCAGUGAAUUGUGUGGCGCGUAAGUGUGAUCAUGGAAAGCAGUGACAGGUCUAAGUUUGUUAUUUCAGCGCGUAUAGAAUAAAUGAAGAAGAAACUGAGCUGCUGGAUAUCGAUACUUCUCCGAGUCUCGCAUCUGAUAUCGACUGUAACAGUCGAUUGGUCGAUAAAUGAAUCCCAUGGGUGCAGUAAUUGAACUUCGUGUCGAGCAGAGUAGCUACCACGAGUAGAUGGAUGUGUCGCCUUCUUCUGAGUCAGUGACUUAGACGUCGUGCGUGUAGGCCUGUUGUCAUGUUACCAUGGGCAACGAAUCGCAGAGUUUGUUAAAUCUGAAGUUUAGAGGUCGGAAGCGAUGGAGGAGGUUGUUGACGGUGGUGGUGUUUGUGCUGUUUGUGGCGUGUCUGUUGAGGAGCCAGAUCAUCUCUGGAGACAUAUAUUACGUCAUGGAGACGGUGCAGAACGAUUAUGACACCCUGGACGAAGUCAUGCAGACGGUAGCUCCGAACUGGCGAGGUUUGAGACAGAAAGACACCCAGAAUAUGUCUGCCUUGGGGCGACGUCUAUUCCUGGGAGACGUCUCAGGUUCGCCCCAGUAUGACAGGAACUUCACCAUCCUGGUAUGGAAGCACGGACCAAACAUCGAGAAGCGUCUGAUUAUGCGAUUCGGAAAUCGACGGUGGGACCCGUUCAGGGAAUGCUCGGUGUCCAACUGUCGUCUGACGUACGACAGCUCCGAACUGAACACGGCCGACGCUGUCCUAUUUCAUCUUCACCGGACCCCGGAUCGGAAAUCUCUUCCGGACCCAAAGGGACCUCGGCCCGCUAACCAGCGCUGGGUCUUUCUCACUGACGAGAAUCCCUUCCACACCUUCACCCUGGGGAGCGCCUCUACCAGAAUGAAGGACUACAACGGACUCUUCAACUGGUCCAUGACUUACAGGAUGGACUCUGAUGUUCCCGUGCCGAGUGGUCGGACUUUGCCGCUGACCAGCGCGGAAAAUAAGAGAAGACGGAAGGCGAAGGCGAAGGCGAAGGCGAAGACGAAGCUGGCUGCCAUCAUGGUCUCCAACUGUGGCGGGAGGAACAAGAGAUGGGAAUACGUGAAGGAACUGAGGAAACACAUGCCGGUGGAUGUUUACGGUGCAUGCGGGAAUCUCAGAUGCGAAGGUCACUUCGCAAAGGAUUGCCCUGGCCUGAACGACUACAAGUUCUACCUCGCUUUCGAGAACGGAAAUUGCCGUGAAUAUAUCACGGAGAAAGCUUGGUGGAACGCGUACCACAAGGGAGCGGUCCCUGUCAUUAUGGGGGCUCCCCCGCAAGAUUGUGCCCGACUACUGCCCCCUAAAUCUUACAUCCACGUUUCAGAUUUCGCCUCUCCCGCCAGCCUUGCCCGAUAUCUGUUGUACCUCAACGCGUCUUCGGAAUACAGAAACUUUUUUAACUGGAAGAACAACUUUGAGGUUGUGAACGAACAUGGCUACUUCCAGUCUCCGGUUUACCACUACUGUAGACUCUGCGAGGCUCUGAAUUACAACGACCCAGCACCGAAAGUCUACAGCAAACUGGAAGACUACUGGAACAGUGACCGAGACUGUAACGGGCCGGUUAUUUAAGCGUCUCGACAUUUAGGGGCACAGAUCAGUAACGAAGCUACGUAAAUAUUAAAAUUCUGUGCUGUCAGCGUCGUAUUUCAGAGACGCGUGUAUUUUAAGCGAGAUAUCGAAGUAAUGAGAUGGAUAUAUAGAGGUUAUUGAAUACUUAAAUUUCCAGGCAACAGGGGCACAGAAUCUUUCCUCUAGCCUCUGCGUCCAGACCGGCUCUGGGGCCCACCCAACCUUCUAUCCAAUGGGUACCGGGGUCCUUUCCCGGGGACAAAGCGCCGCCGAGGCCUGACGCUGACCACUAACCCCAUCUAUUGCCGAUGUUAAGAAUGAGUAGGAGCUAUACCGCCUCUCCCCCUAAGUUACUACAUGGUGUAUAGUGUGAUAGCUUUAUUUUGUACGUAAUGUCCAACGAGUAAUGUUAUUUUGAUUUAAAUAAAAUCUUCGAUUUUGAAAAAUAAA